AAAAAUAACACAGCUCUUCUUUCAUGGCCACUUUAGAUACGCAAUAUUCUUCACUGGGUUCGGGCCACGCCUCAGUAACCGUGAAUCCUCAUCGUCCUUACUACACACCGGGACUACAUCAUGAACACAAUUACACUUCAAUAUCUUCCAAUGACACCAUCUCCGGGUUAACCGCGGAUGUCUUGGACGCCAAGGAAUCGUCUAUGCAGAGUUUCACGACCCGAUUCACGAGCUUUGCCACUUACAAAUACUGCAUGACCAUGUUAACAAGUCCAUUCGAAGUGGGCACCACUCUUUUGCAGGUGCAAUACUCGCCCCACGAAGACGUCGAAGUGAUUGCGCAGACUGACGGACAGGUCAUGACACCCACAGUUUCCAGAAGCGCGUCGCAGUUUCUGUCAGACGUAUCGUCAAGCGAGGAUACGGACGAUGAUGCGGCAUUUUACAGUAUGCAAGACCGUCAGCAAAUAAGUAUCGCCUCGAGCCGAAAGAAAUACAAAAGUUCAAGCGACAUUGCAUACUUGGUAGCGAGAAGCGUGUAUGACGAGGAACACCGUCCAAUUUACCAAAUGGCGCCCAUGGAUGGAGGCGUCUUGGAGAUACUGCGACAUAUUAUGAAGCAACCCACCGAGGGUUGGAAAUCCUUGUUUAAGGGUCAACGGGUCACUUGGAUUUAUGAAAUUCUGCGUGCAUUACUACAACCGACAUUGCAAAGUGUUCUGAACGAUAUAUUCGGGUUAUACGACGAUUCUAUUCCUUUGAUGCAUCUCGACAGUGCCACUGCCAAUGUUGCAACAUUGGUAGUCAGUCAUCUCGUAGUAGGCGUGCUGUUAAGUCCUCUGGAAAUCAUUCGAACAAGGUUAAUUGUGCAAUCAGCUUCGCCUUUGCAUUACAAGUACAAGGGCAUUCUUCACGCGUUACGGACCAUGUGUUCGGAGGAGGGCGGUCUUCGCAGUGUAUACCUUUCCAUCAAUCUCAUUCCCACCAUUUUAUAUCACAUCAUCACUCCGCUGUUAUCGAGCAGCACCCCUCUUAUUGUUGACCGCUUACUACACAUUUCAGCAUCCGAUUCCCCCAUUUUCUAUGGUGCAGCCGAGUUGGCCCUUCAAACCAUGGGAUUGAUUGUGAAAUUACCUCUAGAGACCAUUCGCAAACGAUUGCACUGUCAAGUCCCCGUAUCAUCAAAGGACGGACGAUUUAGAACCGCCGUAGCGAUUCGCACUGUGCCUUAUAAAGGAGUGCUAGACGCACUGUACAAAAUUAUGAAGGAAGAAGGCACCAAGACAAAGCGAAGUACCCGACCGAAACAGGUGGAGAUGUCUGACAGUGACAGUGAAGAAGAGGAAUUCGAUCGACCGGCACCACCGAAAUCGAACACGAGUGCCUGGGGUAUUCGUGGAUUAUACAGAGGUUUUGGUAUGCAGUUGGCAGCCAAUAUCAUGGUAUUUAUCUCGCACAUGAUGAAUGGUAUUGAAGAUGAUUUUGAUGGGAUCAUUUGAACCAUGGUUUAAUGUUGCGGCUACCCGGAAUGAUGUACUGUAUGAUCAGCGGCAUAGAUUAUUGCAAAACUUGCAUCAACGCAAAUCAAAGUAAAAUGUCAAUCCUCGAGCAACAAAGAAAGGGGUUAUGCACACGUUAGAUGAUAAUGUUUUGAUACACAACUUUGCGCCUUUUGACAAUUCUCGGAUCCUUAAGCGCGAGGAGUACUCCACGAACAAUGCAUCAAUUACCUAUAAAGGAGCGAGGCCGAUUUAUCUCGGAUAUGAUCUUUAAUAAUACUAACAUAAGAUGGCUCGAACAAUAAGCUGUGGCAGGAAACAGGAUCACCGAGGCUUAAAGUGUCUUAUUGGGUAGGGUGGGGCUAAUAAUGAACAUAAUCAGAAUUCCUGCAACAAUUGCCUUUGUGAAACCGACUCCUGUUUUAAAUGUCGGCCCUUGAACAGAAAAACAUUCAAAGCUGUGGCC